GAAGCCCUCUGGAGAGAAAAAUACUGCAGUAGCUAUACAGAAAUUGUUACUACAUGGCCUGAUUCUUCAAGGCUCACCCACAGAGACAUUAAGUACUUACUUCUCCUAUGUUGGUCUCUACUUUACAGGGUGUGUGACUGUCCUCUGAGUAGCAGUUGAAUCCGCAUUGCUGGAAAAGAAAUACAGUGAAUUUACAAGACAAUACAUUCAGAGAGUUGGAUGAAUUAUAUUGCAAUCACUUCACAAUGUACAUAGGAGUCAAAAUAUUCACCGCCAUCAGUGUUCCAGCAUUGAUUUUUGUCAUGAAAUGGUUUUGGGACUUGGAAAAGAGAAUAAAGGAACUCCAAAAUCAAAUAGAGGAACUCCAGAAGCAAGUGGGAGACUUAGGAGACAAGAGAAAAAAGGAACCCCAGGAGAAAAUGGAGGAACUCCAGAAGCAAGUGGAGGAACUCCAGGAGCAAGUGGAUGAAAUGAAGAAGGAAUUAGAAUGGAGAAGGGUUCAGAACAAUUCAGAUGACAUCACUCUUCAUGGAGUCACGGCCCACCCCAACCUCCACAUUUCUGGGGAUAAGAAGAGUUUUACACAUGAAGCCCAACCUCAAAAAGUUCCACCAAAUCCAGAGAGGUUCGAUUCGACCAUCUGUGUGCUGGGCUCUGAAGGAUUCUCUUCUGGAAAGCACUAUUGGGAGGUGGAGGUUGUGAGCAGCACUGACUGGGACCUGGGGGUGGCCAGAAAGUCAAUACAGAGAAAAGGAAAACUUUCCUUGUCCCCUAAACAGGGAUUCUGGGUUCUGGGUGUGAGUGGGAAAGAUUAUUGGGCAAAAACAGACCCGUGGACCCGGGUCAUGGUGCAGAAUAAGCCCAAGAAAAUUGGAGUUUACCUUAGUUACCAAGAGGGGCAGGUGACUUUUUUAAAUGUAACUGACAUGUCUGUGUUGUUCACAUUUAAUGAUUGUUCAUUCUCAGGAGAGGUUUAUCCAUUCUUUAAAAAUUCACACAAAGAAACAACAAUGAGAAUUUGUUCAACUUAAGCGAAAUAAAUAUAACAUGACUCUGAUGCUGAUUUUAUACUGGUGUAACUGAAACCAAGGUUUUCAUGAAUGUAUUUUGAUGAAAAAAACGGUUGUUUUUUUAAAUAUACAUUGCCAUGCUGUCUUCUUUACAUGUUUUGCAAUAAAAUGUUUUCAUUUAUUA